AUGGCGGAACUGUAGGACUUCGGGACGCUCAGGAGUGCACCGCCCGCCAGUCCUCCCUUUUUAACAAGUGUAUAUAUUUAUUUAUUCUCCAAUCAACACAACUUUCCACUAUGACCCGCUGGAUUCCCACUAAAAAGGAGAAAUACGGAGUCGCCAUCUACAAUUAUGAUCCGAGCGGAGACCACGAGCUGUGCCUACAGGUGGGGGACGCGGUGCACAUACUUGAGAAACUGGAAGGCUGGUACAGAGGCUACACACUACGCAAGAAAUCACACAAGGGCAUUUUCCCAGCUUCCUACAUCCACUUGAAGGAGGCCAGAGUAGAGGGAAUUGGCCAGCAGGAAAUAAUUAUCCCCUCAGACCUCCCGUUGGUGCAAGAGCUGGGGGCCACUCUCAGGGAAUGGGCGCAGAUAUGGCACAAGCUCUACGUGGCCAACAAGAGUACGCUGUUCAGGAAUGUUCAGCAGAUGGCCUACAGCCUCAUAGAGUAUCGAUCUCAGAUAGUGUCGGGAACACUGCCCAAAGAUGACCUUGUGGAGCUCAAGAAGAAAGUCACUGCAAAAAUAGACUAUGGGAACAGAAUUUUGGGUUUGGACUUGGUGGUACGAGAUGAAGCUGGAAACAUGUUGGAUCCGGACCAAACCAGUACAGUCAGUCUUUUCCGGGCUCAUGAGACAGCAUCACGAAGUGUGGAUGAUAGGAUUCAAGAAGAGAAGACCCGGCUACAGAACCUUGAGACCAGACGUCAGACCCUGUUCAGCACUGUGCACACCUACAGUCUCCUCAUGAAUCUGAAGAACUUUGUGUGCAACAUCGGAGAAGACGCCGAACUCCUCAUGUCUCUGUAUGACCCUGAUCAGUCAGAGUUCAUCAGCGAGAACUUCCUGGUGCGCUGGGACAGUAUGGGAAUGCCUAAAGAAAUUGAAAAGCUCAACAACCUGCCAGCGCUCUUCACGGACUUGAGCAGUAGUGACUUGAUGAGGCUACGGCUCUUUCUAGUGUGUCAGAUCAUUAGAGUCGGCAGCAUGGAACUCAAAGAGGGCAAGAAAUGCACCGGAGGACUGCGGAGGCCAUUUGGUGUGGCGGUAAUGGACAUAACAGAAAUCGCCCAUGGUAAAAAUGAUGAUGAAGACAAACAGCAUUUCAUCCCCUUUCAACAGAUCGCGAUGGAAACCUACAUUCGUCAGAGGCAGCUCAUUAUGUCCCCACUCAUUCCUUCACGGGUUAUAGGGGAGAAUGAGCCGCUCACUGCCGUCUUCAACAAAGUCAUCGCCACGCGGGAGGUCAAUCACAAAGGCCAGGGACUGUUUGUGACCCUCAAGCUGCUCCCGGGAGAUCUGGCCCAGGUCAGGAAGGACUACCCUCACUUUGUGGACCGCAGCACAGCUAUAGUGAGGAAGAUGGGCUUUCCAGAAAUCAUCCUUCCCGGAAAUGUGAGGAAUGAUUUCUAUGUGACACUGGUGCAGGGAGAGUUCGACAGAGGCAAAAAGAAGACCCCUAAAAAUGUAGAGGUCAUACUGAGUGUACAUGAUGAUGAUGGCAAUCCAAUGGAGAAAGCAAUAUUUCCAGGAGCAGGUUAUGACGGCAUAUCAGAGUACAAGUCGGUUAUUUACUAUCAGGUGAAGCAACCAUGCUGGAAUGAAACUGUGAAGGUGACCAUCCCCAUUGAAGAUGUAUGCCGCUGCCAUCUCAGAGUGAUGUUUCGGCACCGCUCCUCCCAGGACUCUCGAGACAAAUCCGAAAAGCCCUUUGGAAUGGCCUUUGUGAAGCUUAUGCGAACGGAUGGGACCACUCUGAAAGAUGGCAGGCAUGAACUUAUUGUCUAUAAGGUUGAUGGCAAAAAGUCUGAGGAUGCUAAGGUUUAUCUGGGCUUGCCAGCGACAUGGGCUGAGGUGGAGGAGAGGGAGAGGCAGACGGGGAAGCAGUUUCACCACACAGGAGCCAUUCCAGUCACUAAAGACAGCUUCCAGAUCGCGACUCUCACCUGCUCCACUAAACUCACUCAGAAUGUCGAUCUUCUCGGCCUGUUGAACUGGAGGUCAAAUCCUGAAGACCUGGAGCAGAACUUGCAGAGACUGAUGGAGGUGGAAGGAGGCGAGAUUGUCAAAUUUCUCCAGGAUACCCUUGAUGCCUUAUUUAACAUCAUGAUGGAAACCUCAGAAAAAGACACGUAUGACACACUGGUGUUCAAUGCCCUGGUCUUUAUAAUCACACUUAUUGGCGACAUUAAGUUCCAGCAUUUCAACCCGGUCCUGGAAACCUACAUCAACAAGCAUUUCAGUGCCACUUUGGCGUACAUGAAGCUAACUGGGGUGCUUAACCACUAUGUGAGCCAUGCAGAGGAGCCUGUUCUAACAGAGAGGCUCUACUCUGCACUCAAAGCACUGAAGUACUUGUUCAGAUUCAUUGUGCAGUCCCGGGUCCUCUAUCUAAGAUUUUAUGGAAAAAGUGAAGACGGAGAUGCUUUUUUCAACUCCAUUCGCAGCUUGUUCCUCUCCUUCAACACUCUGAUGGACAGACCACUGGACGAAGGAGUCAAAAUAAAGGGGGCAAUAUUGAAAUACCUUCCCACCAUCAUUAACGACAUCCAGACGGUUUUUGAUCCUGUGGAGCUCAGUGUUCUCCUAUCAAAAUUCAUUGAAAGCAUUCCUGACUUGCAGCUUGUGCGUCAGAAGCUGGGCUGCAUGUGCAAAAUGGUGGAGAGUGACCUUUUCAAGCAGCCAGACUGUAGAGAUGUGCUACUGCCUCUGGUGACGGACCAGUUGAGUGGACAACUGGACGACUACUCGUGUAAACCGGACUAUGAAGCCUGUGUCCAGCUACUCAGUACCGUGCUGGACAACUUAGACCGCAAAGAUGUGGGUUCCACCAGAGGGCAUGUUCAGCUAAUAAUGGAUCGACUUCUGCGCAGGGUUAACCGUACAGUCAUUGGCAUGGACAGAUCCUCCCCACUCAUUGGUCACUAUUUAGCUUGCAUGACGGCGAUCUUGAAGCAAAUGGACGACAUGCACUACGCCCACUACAUCAGCACCUUCAAGACCAGACUAGAUAUUAUUGAUUUUCUCAUGGAGACCUUCCACAUGUUCAUGGACCUCAUGGGCAAUGUGUUCCCUGCAGACUGGAUGGUCAUGAACCUGGUGCAGAUGCAGGUGUUUCUCAGAGCCAUUAUCCAGUAUUCAGAUGUGCUCAAUAAGUUUUUCCUUGACCCGACCCACUUUAACAAACAGCUGUGGGAUAACUACUUUCUUUUGACCGUGGCUUUCAUCACACAUAAGACACUGCAAUUGGAGACAUUUUCCCAGGAGAAAAGAACCAAGAUAGUGAACAAAUAUGGAGACAUGAGGAAGAUUAUGGGCUUUAAAAUAAAAGAGAUGUGGAAUAAUCUUGGCCAAAACAAAAUUAAGUUUAUUCCAGCCAUGGUCGGGCCCAUCCUGCAGGUCACUCUGGUGUCAGAGCCAGAGCUCAGGAAAGACACUAUUCCAAUCUUUUUUGAUAUGAUGCAGUGUGAGCACAACUUCAGCCCAGGACGCACUUUUGAAAAGUUUGAGAAUGAACUGAUAACAAAAUUGGAUCAAGAGGUAGAAGGAGGCCGAGGGGAUGAGCAGUACAAAGUCCUGCUGGAAAAAACGCUGCUGGAGUAUUGCAGACGCCACAGAUACCUGUCACAGUCGGGAGAGGAGCUGGCUCUGCUGCUCAGCAGUCUGUUGGAGAACCUCCUGGCGUACCGCACCAUCACACAUGAUGAAAGCCCUGAGCACCGCAUGAGCUGCACUGUCAAUGUGCUGAAUUUUUACAAAGAAAAGAAAAGAGAGGACAUUUACAUUCGGUAUUUGUACAAACUGCGGGACCUGCACUUGGACUGUGAGAACUACACAGAGGCGGCAUACACUCUGCUGCUACAUGCUGAAUUACUUGAGUGGUCGGACAAACCCUGUGCCCCUCAUCUGAUACCACGUGGACAACAUCAGUGGACCCAACAGGAGCUCAAAGAAAGGCUUUUCCAGGAGAUCAUAUGUUAUUUGGACAAGGGCAAGAUGUGGGAGAAAGCCAUUGAGUUGGGCAAGCAGCUGGCCAAGAUGCACGAGAGCCACAUGUUCGACUUCGUGGAGCUGAGCCGACUGCUGAAACAGCAGGCUCAGUUCUAUGAAAAUAUCAUGCACGCAAUGCGGCCUCAGCCAGAGUACUUUGCAGUUGGUUACUAUGGGCUUGGAUUCCCCUCUUUUCUCAGGAAUAAAAUGUUCAUAUACCGGGGCAAAGAGUACGAAUGGCUUGAAGAAUUCAGUCUAAGGCUACUCUCUCAGUUCCCAAAUGCUGUCCGGAUGACAAGCACAGCGCCCCCUGGAGACAACAUCUGUAACUCAUCCGGGCAGUACAUACAGUGUUUCACAGUGAAGCCUGCUCUCUCAGUGCCCCACCAGUUUAAGGACAAGGGAGUACCAGAGCAGAUAUUAAACUAUUACAGAGCAAAUGAAGUGGACCAGUUUCAAUAUUCAAGGCCAUUCCAGAAAGGUGAAAAAGACAAAGAAAAUGAAUUUGCAACCAUGUGGAUUGAGAGAACGACAUACAUUACUGCCUAUCGCUUCCCAGGGAUCCUCAAGUGGUUUGAAGUCAAAUCUGUCUCAGUGGAAGAACUUAGUCCUUUGGAGAAUGCCAUUGAAACCAUGGAGUCGACCAAUGAGAAGCUGAGUAACCUGGUUCAGAAGCAGGCCUGUGACCCGUCUCUGUCCAUCAACCCUCUGUCUAUGAUGCUGAACGGUAUCGUGGACGCUGCUGUCAUGGGCGGCCUGGCGAACUAUGAGAGGGCUUUCUUCACAGACACCUACAUCCAACAGCACCCUGAGGACCAUGAGCGGAUUGAAGUCCUCAAACACCUCAUUGCCCUACAGAUGCCUCUCCUGGCCGACGGUAUUCACAUCCACGGGGACAAGGCGACAGAGCAGCUCAAGCCCCUGCACAACCGUCUGGUCACUUGCUUCCAAGAGCUCAGGGAGAAAGUGGAGAGGCAGUACGGUGUGGUAACCUUGCCCCACUCACUGACGGAGAAGAAGAUCACCCAUGUGGGCUCGGUGGUGAUGCCCUAUAUCCACUCCUCCAUCCUUCGCCGCAUGUCUGUAGUGUCUACUCUGUCCACCGCCUCCUCUGGACUGUCCAGCUCCUCCUCUGAUGGACCUUCCUGCGUCUCGUCCCAAGACUCGUUGUUGUCACGUCCCAGUGAUAAUAGGGCUUCAGUUUUAGUGGAGGACAACAGGAUCUCUCGGAAGAACAGAAAAGAAUGGAGUGUAAGCAAGUCCCAGGUCCUACUUGAAAAGAUGGACUCAACUGAGAAUCCUCCAGAAAAGCAGCCAAGACCCAAGAGUCUACAACUGGGCGACCGGCGGUUGACUCUCUCUCUUUUUCAAGGCAGUUCAUCUCAGCUCAGUCUGUCCACCCCCCUCAGCCCUAUCACAGCCUCCCCCCUCCCUGAAAGCACACCACGCAGCUCCAGUUACUCCUCGCUUCUCAGUGAUAAUGACACCAACACCACUGACGCCCCAGGGACCCCCCCACCUAUGCCUCCCAAAAAGCACCCACAUGAGAUUGACAUCCCCGGGUUUCCUUCAGAGUUUUCUCCUCCGUUACCAACAAAAAUUGAGAACAAACCACCCCCGCCACCACCCAAAACACGGAAGUCAAUGUUUCCCACAUACGAGCAUACCCCUCACUGAGACUAUGGCUCUGUACAAGCUGUGUGUUUACUGGGCCAUUAGCAGUGAUGCAAUAUCCAACUUUAAUUAUGUCAAUGCACUUCACCAGCUCGAGACUUUUGCUUUUUUUUUUUUUUUUUUUUACUUUUUUAUGACUUCUUGGAAAUCAGUUGUGGUCAAUGAGGGGAUAUUUGGGUAAACAAGUUUACAUGCAGUCCCAAAACGAACUGUUAAAUUGUUUCAGUAAUGAAAAAAAGAAAAGGAAAAAAUUGAGAGAGACAGAGAAAAAGAGAGAGAGAUUUUUUUACCUCCAAUAUUCCAAAAUAUGGUAUUAAACUUUUCAAUCUCCAACACCAGGCCUGUUUGUGUGUGAGAUCUGUGAAGAGGUGACCCCACUUAUAAUAAGAAUACAUGUUUUAAAGGUAUUUUAGAAAUAAAAACAUCCAUAACUGAAUUAAUGCAUCUCACAUAAGGUUAAUAUCAUAUCGUGGAACAUUCCAGGCAAAGCAAUAGCAUCUCCAUGGUAACGGACCUCUAACCGGAAUAGUUACCUUAUAAAAUUACAUUAUAAUUCUGAUUUGGAAUUUUUUUUUUUUUAUAGUAUCUGAAUUAUUUAAUAUAUGACAGCACACAUUUUGUUUAUUACUGCCAGCUAUAGUUGUAUAAGAUGUUUAUUUUUCCUCUUUGUUGGUGUGACACUGGAUGACUUCUGUUCACCCAAGCUGCCAUUCCUCUUGUGCACAGGCUGCCUUAGCAUACAAUCGAACAAAAGCUGGGAAUAGAAUGGACAGAAUAUAGUAUAAUAAUAAUGUAACCAGCGUUGAUGUAGACAUCAAACGCCCCCAUUUUGAAUACACACUGGAUGACUUUAAUGAAUGUUUUGCAGAUUUUUUAAUACUAUUUUUGUGAGCCGAACACUGCUGUUUCACUGUUGGGUGGUACAAGUUUGAGUUUUCUUUAUAUUUCAAGAAGACUCAGUAGGGUACAGGAUCUAUUUAUAUCUAUACCUUUGCACAACCAGAUGGUACAGCAACCAGUAUCAAAUCUACAGACUGUAUACCACUUUUUAUUUUUAUAGAUGCAAAAUGUGUACAGAUGGCUAUGCAUGUGAGAACUUUGUUGUGUUAAUUAAGAUGUAAGAGUAGAUAUAUUUUAUUUAGAUACAAUUUUUCCACAAGGGAUGAUUUUUCUAUAGUAUAUGAUCAAAGUGUUGUUUUAUAAGUAUAUUUUAUGAACAAACAUUGUCGCUUACUGAGCUCGAAUUAAUAAAUUGUGAAACA